UAGCGCCACAUCAGCACUCGCUGUACUCCGCAUGCCCCAAUGUAUCCAGAGCUGAAGGUCAUCUCAUGCCACACCCGUUAUCUACGAGGGGGACCGGCAGCAGACCGUGAACAAAGUGUGUCAGAUAGCAACCAUGGGCAGAAUCCAUCAGAAGAGAAAACACAAUAGGUGAUGAAGUGCCAUUUGUCUGCUGAUCAGUACGAAUGUUGAAAAAACUAUUUUGUUACCUUUAUAACACCACUGAAUUAAAUCUAGAAUAAUUAAUUGAAUGCGUGAAAAGUGUUCAGGUGUUAGCAGGUACUGGCAGUGAUGUUAUGAACAUGUUAUAUUCGUCAUCUAUGUUAUGCUUAAUGUUUACAGCAGCACGCUCAUUUCCUUUAGAUGAAUGAUUUUUUCUUAAGUACGCACAUCCUUUGAAUUUAGUGCCUUAUGAAUGGUGAGGUUGAUUUGUUAUUUGUGAACUACAAUUUUACAACCUAAUAUUCAUCAAUUGCAGCUAAACAAUUGAAAUUAGUCCAUUUAGAUAACGUUAAUAUCAUUGAACUCGUAGCCAAAACGGUUAAUAACGGUAAGGUCGUGAAAAGAGAUUAGCAUUCAUUUGCAUUCAAUUAAUGGAAUUUAUAUUUUCGGCCAGUUUAAUCACACCUAGCGAAUAAGUAAUUUGAAACUCUUAAAAUUAUCGUGUACAUUGCUCCACACUCAUUGAAAGGUGAGAAACAUAACUAACCUUAUAAUGUACAUUAAGGAAACCGAGUUCUUGAUUAUCCACAGAUAGCCUGUUCAAUAUUUAUACGAAGCGAUACAGCUAUCAACUGAUUCAUCUAGUUGCGCGGUAGAAGACACUACAGAAUUUUGUAAUUUCUUUUCCCAUCAAUAAAUUCACAAUAUUACGAAGAACCUACCGCCCAACAUCUUACAAAAUUCUGUAAGACAUGUCGAGAAAGGCCUCUCCGACUGGAUCCGGAUUAAGCUCCGCCGUAGGAGCAGUAAAUCGUCUCUUCUCAGCUGACGCUGGUCGCAGUGCCCUUGAGGGUCACGGGAUGCCUUUAUCCAACGAUGCUGUGGUCACCGAAUUUAGAAACCUGGCCAUCGCGAACAACGCAGAACGCGGAGCGAAUGAGCUGGCACGGUCGGUGGCGAGUGCACAGGGCAACGCAGCAGUGGUAACUGGAGUGUCUUCCCCUCCUCCUCCUCAGGUAACAGAUGAUGAUAAUCAUAGUACGAAGGGCCAACAGUUAGGGACCAAGCGUAAGGAAGGAGCUAGUUCUACGAUUACGAAUAAUCCACUCCGGUCGUUAAAUAUGGUUACAUACAGAAAACCCGUCGCGCGCGGAAAUCCCAAUCUUCGCGUUCGAAUAACACGGUUCAGUCACUGUGAAAUGUGUAAUGAACGAGAUACCAGCAGUAUGGUACAGUGCGAUACCUGUGAUUUGUGGUAUCACUUUUCAUGUGUGGAAGUAACUGGAGGAAUUGCGGAUCGAAGUUGGAUCUGCCCAGCGUGUGGUAUUCCCGAGAUCGAGCAGCGUAAUACAGAUCUAGUGAAAACCGUUCCUGCAGACCCACCUCUAAGGCCGGAGAACUCGCGGAAGUCCACCGGUAAGACAAGCAGCAAUCGCAGCAAUCAACGAAAAGUCGCCCUGCGGUUACAGAUGCUGGAGGAGCAGAAGCAGUUGGAGCAACGGUUUUUGGAAGAAAAAUACCGAAUACUAGACGAAGAGGAGGAUGACAACGAAACUGUGGUUAGCGAGGACGACGUAAGAUCGAUGGAAAUAUCCAAGGUCCAAGGAUGGCUGAUAGAUACCAACAAAUGUGGGGAGGAUUCCGGUUUGGUCGAAGGAGACGGACCCGAACUACAAGGUCAACGACCUGGUUUGACCCAACGACCUGCAUAUUCGGGAUUCAUCGAACCACGUUCGACACUACAAGAGUUUCACCCCAAUCAGCGAUCGACGCCUCGUCAGCAGAGUCUCGCAGUGGAGCGGACUACAAACAACGAUUUACCCCGAGAAUCGGGUCCUGUAUCGCAAAGCAUGUUUCACCAACCUUCGGCGCAAGUACCGGAAACUACGUUCCGUCAUCCAUCAUCGAAAGUGGAGUUCCUUAACCGGUACCGGCAACCAGGUACCGCAGUCCAAUUUCGUCAACCCCUUGAUAACCAGUCUACACAUCAGCAUGCAGGUCCAGUUCCUGCACAUCACUACACGCGACGAGGAUACCCCUCUGGCCCAAUAGAUCAGUUCCAGCCAGCCACUGAUGGUAAUCGAAUGCGUCAAAUUGAUCCAACACCUCGCUUCUCUCGAGACCUCGAAUACGGCCCGCGUGACGUCGAAGAAAAUGUUUGCAUCCUUAAUCGAAGUCAGUUGGCAGCACGUCAGAGUGUUCCUAAAGAACUGCCAGAGUUUUAUGGGAACCCAGAGGAUUGGCCAUUAUUCUUUUCAAUGUUUCAUUCCUCUACCCAAAUGUGCGGAUUCUCAAAUGAGGAAAAUAUGCUUCGUCUCCGGAAGUGCUUAAAGGGAAAGGCACUAGAAGCCGUACGAUGCCGACUACUUCAUCCAUCUAACGUUAACAGCGUUAUUUCUACGCUCAAGAUGUUGUAUGGAAGACCAGAAGCUAUCAUCCAGGCGUCAAUAAGAAAGAUCCGGUCAUUGCCAUCACCUCUGGUGGAGAAAUUAGAUACUUUGGUAAAUUUUGCUCUAACGGUCGAAAAUUUAGUAGCAACGAUUGAAGCUUGUGGAAUUGAGGACUUCGUAUACAACGCAUCGUUGAAAAUGGAGUUGGUGGAUCGUUUACCACCCGGAUUGAAGUUAGAUUGGGCGAAGCAUUCUCGAAAUAAUCCAGCUCCUAACUUGCUAGACUUUAGUAGCUGGUUGUAUUCGAUCGCAGAGGACGCUAGCGCGGUCAUGCAAACGGUCAUUGCUCCAAAGAAUCGUGGGACAAGGAACGACGGGUUCAUAAACAUUCAUUCCGAAACCAGCGAUGAGCCAACAGAGCACGCUAAACCCAGAAUGGAACAAGGAUUAGCUUCAACAUUAUCAGCUGGUUGUGUCACGUGCAAAGGAACAUGCGCCACGGUCGCAAGAUGCAAACGAUUCGAAGAAUUGAGUUUAGACGCAAAGUGGGCAGUUGUAAGAGAUUCCAGGCUGUGCCGAAAAUGUCUACGCAGACACGGUGGAACGUGCAGGCAACAGAAACCCUGCGGAGUCAACGGAUGCACAUUUCUGCAUCAUCCAUCGCUACACAAUACAUCGCAGGAAGUUGGAAACGAAAGAUCUGACAACACUCCCGUGAGUUCUACAGCUACUUGUAAUGUUCAUCAAGCGCAGACAAGUGAAGUCCUGUUCCGAAUUGUUCCUGUUCUCGUCCACGGUCCAACGAAGGUCGUUCAGACUUACGCAUUUAUAGACGAUGGGUCAGAACUAACCCUUAUGGAAGACAGUCUAGCUGAGGAACUCGGAGUCACAGGCCCCCGUACGUCACUAUGCUUGAAGUGGACCGGAGGCACAAAAAGAGUGGAAGCUGAGUCGCAAAUAGUCAACAUCGGAAUUUCGGCCGUCGAAAAGGUUCACAAUCCGCACAGAAUGGUUAACGUUCAUACAAUCCAAAAUCUACAGCUUCGACCUCAAACGUUGAUACUCUCAGAGUUGCAGCGUUUCAAACACCUCACAGGAUUGCCUAUUGAGUCAUACACUAACGUGUGCCCUCGUAUACUGAUUGGUCUCGAUAAUGCUUCACUAGGACAUGCUCAAAAAGGUCGCGAGGGAAAACCAUAUGAACCUGUUGCUGUCAAAACUCGUUUAGGAUGGGUUGUGUAUGGCAGCUUCUCACCUGCACGGCAGGAUGUGAACUACGUCAAUGUUCACGCCAUUGAACUUUGUGAAUGUAACACUGUAACUGAUGAGAAUCUUCAUGUGGCAAUGAAAAACUACUUCAGCCUGGACAGUCUGGGCAUCGCGAAGCCUGAGAAGAUUAUACGAUCAACAGAAGACGAACGAGCACUGGAAAUGCUUAAGAAACAGACGACCAAGAAACAAGGACGGUAUGAAUCGGGGUUGCUCUGGAGAUAUGAUGAAGUUCGUUUACCAAACAGCGCAGGAAUGGCUUACAGAAGAUGGCAGUGCUUGGACCGACGAAUGAAGCGGGAUAAGUUAUUUGCUGAAACCGUAAGAACGAAAAUGGCAGACUACGUAAAUAAAGGGUACGUCCGAAAGUUGACAGAGUCAGAGCUACUUACAAAACAGUCCCGUGAGUGGUACUUACCCGUAUUUCCUGUAACAAACCCAAAUAAACCCGGGAAAGUAAGACUGGUGUGGGAUGCUGCCGCAGAAGCGUACGGCGUAUCUCUCAAUUCAGUGCUAUUAAAGGGACCCGACCUCCUGACGUCGCUUCUAACUGUGCUAAUCCAAUUUCGUCAAUUCCGGGUGGGAGUUUGCGGAGACAUACGGGAGAUGUACCUGCAAGUUCUACUCAAACAAGAUAUUCGGCUCUGCUUUUUUUGGAAAGACGAUGAAGGCCAUGAAACACCAAGCAUUUACACUAUGUCGGUUUUGCCUUUCGGAAUAUCGUGUGCUCCAAGUAUUGCACAAUUCGUAAAAAACAUGAACGCACAGAACUUCGUCGAAGAACAUCCUGCGGCGGUCGAGGCUAUCGUAGACCAACAUUAUGUCGAUGAUAUGCUAAAGAGUGUUGAAAGCGUGGAAGAAGCGAUAGACAUCGCGAAAAAUGUAAGAGACAUUCAUGCUGUAGCAGGGUUCGAAAUGCGAAACUGGAUAUCGAACUGUUCGGAAGUCUUGGUGGCAUUAGGAGAAUCAAAAACAACGGAGAAAGACCUCAACAUGGCAGAGGGUCUAGUAACAGAAAAGGUACUUGGCAUGUGGUGGAACACAUCUAGCGACUGCUUCAUCUUCAAAAUUUCGUCACGUUACGACCCGGAUCUGAUGUCCGGACAGCGAAGACCUACGAAACGAGAAGUACUACGUACGUUGAUGAUGAUCUUUGAUCCUUUGGGCCUGAUCGGACAUUUUUUGAUGUACCUGAAGACAGUUUUGCAAGAAAUUUGGCGAUCUUCCGUUGGAUGGGAUGACUUCAUUCAAGAUAAGCAGUACGAAAUGUGGAUCGAGUGGCUGAAUGUACUUCCCAGCGUUGCGACAGUUGAAAUACCACGGUGCUACAGGAAAGACACAUCAACUGGAGAUUCCAACGAUGUACAAUUGCAUGUAUUUGUUGAUGCCAGUGAGCAAGGGUUUGCGGCCGUGGCGUAUCUUCGGUUCCAAGAGGGACAACUCAUAGAAACGGCGUUGGUUGGAUCAAAAACUCGUGUUGCACCGAUAAAGUUUCUGUCCAUUCCACGAUCUGAGCUACAAGCCUGCGUCAUCGGAUUAAGAUUUGCGAAUAACAUAACACAAUCGCUUUCCAUCAAAGUUAACAAACGAUACUUCUGGACUGAUUCUAGGGAUGUGAUUUGUUGGCUUCAAUCGGACCAUCGUCGGUACAGCCAAUUCGUUGCAUUUAGAGUAAGUGAAAUACUCGACAGUUCAGAAAUUGGUGAGUGGCAAUGGAUUCAGACGAAGCUAAAUGUUGCGGAUGAGGGGACCAAGUGGAAACGGGCUCCUGACAUGUGCAGAACUAGUCGUUGGUUCAAUGGCCCAGACUUUCUGACGAAACCCGAAUCGGAAUGGCCAGUCAAAAAGCACAUUACCGAAGCGACAUCGGAAGAGUUACGUCCACAUUUGCUCGUGCAUUUCAAGAUACCAGAGCCUGUCAUCGAUCCCAACAGAUUUUCCAAGUGGACUGAUCUGGUACGCCGGCUGGCAUACGUGUUCCGCUUUGUCACUAAUGUCAGGAUGCCCAGUAACCAAAGAUGUAAGGGACCACUGACAAAUUCGGAGCUGAAUUGGGCCGAAAACUAUCUGUACCGCAUUGCUCAACGUAGUGCUUAUGCUGACGAAGUAGCAGUUUUCCUUGAUAAAAAAGCAUCGGGAAUCUCAACAGCCGUUAUACCAAGGAGCAGUUCAAUUCAUUAUCUUUGUCCGUUUCUCGACCAAAACGAAGUAUUACGUGUGCGCGGUAGGACGGGAGCAUGUCGAUUUAUAGAUAAGGAUGCCGCUAACCCUAUAAUCCUCCCGAGGAGUCACCAUAUCACCAAUCUGAUUGUAUCGUACUACCAUCGGCGAUAUCACCACCAAAACCACACGACAGUAGUAAACGAACUUCGACAGAGAUAUAGUAUUCCCCAAUUGAAGUCAACGUAUAACAAGGUUCGCCGAGCUUGCCAACAGUGUAAAAACGAUCAAGCACAGCCAGUACCACCUGCAAUGGCCGACUUACCGCUACCGCGUCUAGCUGCCUAUUCUCGUCCCUUUACUUAUAUGGGGGUAGACUACUUUGGUCCCUAUGUAGUUAUCCUUGGUCGUCGCCUCGAAAAGCGGUGGGUACUACUGGCCACAUGCCUGACUACGCGGGCCAUCCACCUCCAAAUAGUCCACACUAUGAAUACGGACUCAUGUAUAAUGGCUCUUAGGAACGUCAUGGCUAGACGAGGAGUGCCGGCAGUCAUUUAUAGUGACCAAGGAACCAAUUUUCGAGGAGCCAGCAAGGAAUUGGAAUGCGCUAUGAAGAACGUAGAACAAGUACGGCUUGCAAAAGAGUUCACCAGUUCCCACACAACCUGGAACUUUAUCCCUCCAGCUUCACCCCAUAUGGGAGGCGCAUGGGAGCGCCUCGUGCGGACUGUCAAACAGAAUCUUGCGAAAAUGAAGCCUAACAGGACGGUGUCUCAUGAAGUUUUAGAGAACAUGUUGAUAGAAGUUGAGAACGUAGUAAACUCUCGUCCAUUGACCAGUUUACCGUUAGACGAUGAUCAAUCUCCAGUGUUAACACCCAAUCACUUUUUGUUGGGAUCAAGCAAUGGGCUGCGUUCCUGGGUUCCAUUUGACGACAGCUCGGGUGUUUUGAAGAAUUGUUGGAGACAUUCACAGAUCUUAGCUAACCAGUUUUGGAAGCAGUGGUUGCGGGAUUAUCUUCCACAUAUCACUCGAAGGACAAAAUGGUUUGCCAAUGUUAAGCCGAUUCAGAUUGGUGACUUGGUAAUCAUCGUAGACCCAAAUCUUCCUCGAAACACUUGGCCGAAGGGUCGCGUGAUAGGAGUCAAAAAAGGAGCAGAUAAUCAAGUCAGGAGUGCCAGCAUACAGACAGCCAGUGGUAUCUACGAGAGACCUGCAGUGAAGCUCGCCGUGCUCGAUGUAGGCGUUCAAAGUAAUGCGGCUCAAGAUGAUCGCAUUCCCGGGGGAGUGUUGGUAGCGCCACAUCAGCACUCGCUGUACUCCGCAUGCCCCAAUGUAUCCAGAGCUGAAGGUCAUCUCAUGCCACACCCGUUAUCUACGAGGGGGACCGGCAGCAGACCGUGAACAAAGUGUGUCAGAUAGCAACCAUGGGCAGAAUCCAUCAGAAGAGAAAACACAAUAGGUGAUGAAGUGCCAUUUGUCUGCUGAUCAGUACGAAUGUUGAAAAAACUAUUUUGUUACCUUUAUAACACCACUGAAUUAAAUCUAGAAUAAUUAAUUGAAUGCGUGAAAAGUGUUCAGGUGUUAGCAGGUACUGGCAGUGAUGUUAUGAACAUGUUAUAUUCGUCAUCUAUGUUAUGCUUAAUGUUUACAGCAGCACGCUCAUUUCCUUUAGAUGAAUGAUUUUUUCUUAAGUACGCACAUCCUUUGAAUUUAGUGCCUUAUGAAUGGUGAGGUUGAUUUGUUAUUUGUGAACUACAAUUUUACAACCUAAUAUUCAUCAAUUGCAGCUAAACAAUUGAAAUUAGUCCAUUUAGAUAACGUUAAUAUCAUUGAACUCGUAGCCAAAACGGUUAAUAACGGUAAGGUCGUGAAAAGAGAUUAGCAUUCAUUUGCAUUCAAUUAAUGGAAUUUAUAUUUUCGGCCAGUUUAAUCACACCUAGCGAAUAAGUAAUUUGAAACUCUUAAAAUUAUCGUGUACAUUGCUCCACACUCAUUGAAAGGUGAGAAACAUAACUAACCUUAUAAUGUACAUUAAGGAAACCGAGUUCUUGAUUAUCCACAGAUAGCCUGUUCAAUAUUUAUACGAAGCGAUACAGCUAUCAACUGAUUCAUCUAGUUGCGCGGUAGAAGACACUACAGUAAGAAUUUCAUUAAUCAUCUAAAGUUAAGAAUGAAUUCUAAUGAUAGCUUUUUCUCCAGGAAUUUUGUAAUUUCUUUUCCCAUCAAUAAAUUCACAAUAUUACGAAGAACCUACCGCCCAA